AUGAAGUGGCUUUCCACAGCCCUCGCGCUCGCCGCGCCUUCUCAGGCGUACCUUCGAUUCGGAUGUUCGACUCUGACCGUCCAGCGCCUUGAUCCGCUCGUCGAGCCAGGCGUCAUCCCUUCGGCCCAUGUCCAUCAAAUUAUCGGUGGAAACGCCUUCAAUGCCACCAUGGAUCCCACCGUCGACAUUGCCAACAAGGCUACCUGCACCACCUGCAGCUUCUCCGAGGAUUUCUCCAACUACUGGACUGCCGUUCUGUACUUCAAGGCCCGCAAUGGCUCGUACAAGCGCGUGUCACAGUACCCGAAUUCCCUCUUGGGCAACCUGAACGGCGGCAUGACCGUUUAUUAUAUCCAGCAGGACUUCAAUUCAAACGGGAACCAGAAGGUCACGGCCUUCAAGCAAGGCUUCCGUAUGACCGUUGGCAGCCCGCAAAACAAGGCCGGAAACAACCCCGGCAUCAGCUACACUUGUCUGCAGAACGUCAACACCCGAUUCCCCGAGACCCCAGAUUUCCCCAAGGUACCGUGCCCCGCUGGUAUCAUGGCCAAUAUCCACUUCCCCGCAUGCUGGGAUGGCAAAAAUCUCGACAGCCCCAACCACCAAGAUCAUAUGUACAACACCGGAAAGGGCGGCUUCGUCCCUGCCGGCCCUUGCCCAGCCUCCCAUCCCGUUAGAACCCCUCAGAUCGCAUUUGAGGUCCUAUGGAAAACGCAGGACUUCCCCCAGGACAUGUGGCCCACGGAUGGCUCGCAGCCUUUCGUCUGGAGUUUCGACGACUCCGUCGGGCACGGCUCUCACGGCGAUUACGUCUUCGGCUGGAAGGGCGAUGCACUCCAGCGCUCUAUGGACUCUUCUGCUUUGCUCAGUGAUGGGCUUAAGACCCAGUCUGUUGCCCAGGCGAACCAGUGCAACCUCAAGAGCAGCGUCGUUGAAGAUGUUGACCAAUGGCUCACUAAGCUUCCUGGACAGGGCGCUAUGCCCAUGUAGGAUUUUUGGCGAAAAUCGAUUGA